GCGUGUCCUUACGUCGCUGCGUCACUCCUAUUUGUUCCUUCCCGGUGCGUGCAAGGCGUCUGCUAUCAACUCACAGAAAUCAUGGCGUCCCUAUCCAUGGCCCCAGUGAACAUCUUCAGACAAGGAGCCGACGAGGAGAAAGCUGAGACCGCCCGUCUGUCGUCCUUCAUCGGUGCAAUCGCCAUUGGAGAUCUGGUGAAGAGUACCUUGGGACCAAAAGGAAUGGACAAGAUCCUUAUCGGAGGUGGCAGGGAGGGAACUGUUACAGUCACCAAUGAUGGGGCCACCAUCCUCAAAGCCAUCGGAGUGGACAACCCCGCUGCCAAAGUGUUGGUUGACAUGUCCAAGACCCAGGAUGAUGAGGUUGGAGACGGCACCACCUCUGUCACAGUAUUGGCUGCUGAACUGCUCAGGGAAGCUGAGCUCCUCAUCGCCAAGAAGAUCCACCCUCAGAUCAUAAUCUCUGGCUGGAGGAAGGCCACCCAGGCAGCCCGCCAGGCUCUGAAGGAGGCUGCUGUGGAUCAUGGUAACGACCAGGUGAAGUUCCAGGAGGACCUCCUGAACAUCUCCCGCACCACCCUGUCGUCCAAGCUGCUGACCCACCACAAGGACCACUUUGCCAAGCUGGCUGUGGAGGCUGUGCUCCGGCUGAAGAGCUCCGGUAACCUGGAGGCCAUCCACGUCAUCAAGAAGCUCGGAGGCAGCCUUAUCGACUCCUACCUGGACGAAGGCUUUCUGCUGGACAAGAAGAUUGGUGUGAACCAGCCCAAGAGGCUGGAGAACGUCAACAUCCUCAUCUCCAACACGGGCAUGGACACCGAUAAGAUCAAGAUCUUCGGCUCCAGGGUGCGUGUGGACUCCACGGCCAAGGUGGCGGAGAUAGAGAUGGCUGAGAAAGAGAAGAUGAAGGAGAAGGUGGAACGGAUCCUCAAGCACGGGAUCAACUGCUUCAUCAACAGACAGCUGAUCUACAACUACCCAGAGCAGCUGUUUGCUGCGGCAGGCGUCAUGGCGAUAGAACACGCGGACUUCUCCGGGGUGGAGCGCCUGGCUCUCGUCACGGGGGGAGAGAUCACGUCCACCUUCGACCACCCCGAGCUGGUGAAGUUGGGCCACUGCAAGCUGAUCGAGGAGGUGAUGAUCGGCGAGGACACUCUGAUCCACUUCUCAGGAGUGGCCAUGGGUGAGGCGUGUGUGCUGCUCUGAGAUGCCCUGAUGGCCAAGGUGGUGACAGACCUGGCUCUCAGGACUGCCCAUCGGGAAAAAGAGGCAAGUUCAACACAGCCCCCCUACUGUGAGAAUCACCACUCUGCUGUCCCUCCAGGCUGCUCUGAGAUGCUGAUGGCCAAGGUGGUGACAGACCUGGCUCUCAGGACACCGGGCAAAGAGGCUGUGGCCAUGGAGUCCUUCGCCAAAGCUCUUAGGAUGCUGCCCACCAUCAUCGCAGACAACGCCGGCUACGACAGUGCCGAUCUGGUGGCCCAGCUGAGAGCUGCUCACCAGGAGGGGAAAACCACCAUGGGUCUGAAUAUGAACCAGGGUACCAUCGGUGACAUGUCAGAGAUGGGGGUGACGGAGAGCUUCCAGGUCAAGAGGCAGGUUCUGCUGUCUGCUGCCGAGGCUGCCGAGAUGAUCCUCCGCGUGGACAACAUCAUCAAGGCUGCGCCCAGGAAGCGAGUACCAGACCAUCACCCCUGUUAAUACCACCAGGAGGAAGAGGAGGGGGGGGUGAGGAAGAGGAGAGAGGGGAACAGGAGUUGCUGGUAGGGGAAGGGGAACAGAAAGGCCUGUAUUUAUGAUACUCCUGUCCAAGGCUGUGUACCAUACGUCACUUUGAAAUAAAAAAAUCCUGAUGUGUUCUGUACCGUGGUCCCAAAAUCAAAGCUUCAGUCUCUUUUGGUCUAAAUGCUCCGUUUAGUCUGUCGGGGUGUAACACUGUGUUACGAACCACUGCAGAGGCCAGACUGUCAACGCACUUGAUAUCUCAUGCAGAUGGCUGUAUGGACAUGUUUGUUUACUGAAAUACUAAUAAAUAAAAACUCACUCUG